GCGGAGCACGGCUGGAUGAGGGGAUUUCAGCGAGACAUCUUUCUGCUUCACACCGGAUUAAAACCCCACUCAUCCCGUCCCCGCGAGCGGCUUGUGCAGCGUGUGCAGCUCCCCCCCGCAUCCCGACCCCCAGCCGCCGGGGCGGUCGCGCAGACGUCCCCCCCGGAGUCUUCCUCGUCCUUCCUCCCGCAGGCCUGUCUGUGAGUGUUAUGGCGGAUCUGUGGGAGCUCCUUCUCCCCGUGCUCCUCCUGUCCUCACUCUAUCCUGUUCAAGCCUCCCCUUCCUGUCCUGUUGGUUGUCGCUGCUACAGCCUGACUGUGGAGUGCGGCUCCACCCACCUGAGGGACAUCCCCAAACACAUUCCUACUUCCACUCAGACUAUCUUCCUGCAGGAUAAUGUGAUUAGUCAGAUCCGUCGACAUGACCUGAGUCUGCUGAAACACCUGCACUACUUGUAUCUGCAGAAUAACACCAUCUCCGGCGUGGAGCCCGGAUCUUUCCGGGAUCAGGGUCAGCUCUUGGAGCUGGCUCUCAACGGGAACCGGAUCCACCUGGUGACAGCAGACAUGUUUCACGGGCUCGAACAUCUCCGCAUUCUGUACCUGUCCAGGAAUUACAUCACGCGCCUGCUGGACUACACGUUCCGGGGUUUACAGCGUCUGCAGGAGCUGCAUUUGCAGCACAACAGCAUCGAGAUGUUGGCCGACGAGGCUCUGGCUGGUCUGACGUCUCUGGCUCUGCUGGACCUGAGCAGGAACAACCUGCACACCAUCGGCCCCGCGUCGCUCAGGCCUCUGGUCAGCCUGCAGGUGCUGCGCAUCACAGACAACCCGUGGCGCUGCGACUGCGCCCUGCACUGGCUGAGGAGCUGGAUCGACGAGGAGGGUCAGCGGCUGCUCAGCUCUGCGGAGCGCCGGCUGGUGUGCACCGAGCCGCCGCGCCUGUCCCACCUGAGCCUGGUGGAGGUCCCCCUGAACAGCCUGGUGUGCAUCCCCCCGCUGGUGCAGCUGGAGCCCCGCAGGCUGGCGGUGCGGCUGGGGGAGAGCCUGAGGGUCUCCUGCCACGCCUCGGGGUACCCCCGGCCACAGGUGACCUGGAGGAAAGCCUCCCGGGGUAAAGCCGUGGACUCUCCCCGAGGUCUGGUCCAGGAGUCGGGUGCUGCAGGAGGGGGCGUGGUGGGAGCCGAGCCCCCCUCUGAAGAAGGCAGAAUCAGUCUGCAGAAGAGCAGCGGCGAGCGCUUUGACCCGGACACGGGCAGCGGCAUGCUGUUUCUCAGUAACGUGACGGUGGCGCACGCAGGCUUCUACGAAUGUGAGGCCUGGAACGCCGGAGGUGUGGCCAGGGUGACCUUUCAGCUCGCCAUCAAUUCAUCCACGUCUUCCUUCUCUUCCUCCUCCAUCUGGGCCUCGUGGUCCCAGGUGUCCUCCGCGUACUCGCCCACUUGGCCCCGGCUGAGGAACCAGGGUCCCGCCGUGGGGCCCGACGUGAGCAGGGAGCCCCUGUACGCCCUGGGGAGCAUGGCCUUCAGCGCUCUGGGAGCGGCCACGCAGACGGCCAUCGCCGUGGGGAUCUCGCUGCUGUCCCUGACCGCUCUGCUGCUGCUGGUGAUGAUCUACAGCCGGCACCACCAGCGGGACAAGGAUCCCAGCGGCUCGGAAAAGGAGGAGAGUAUUCUGUAUGUGAACGACUACUCCGACGGCCCCACCACCUUCGCCCAGCUGGAAGAGUACCGCGACGAGCGAGGCCACGAGAUGUACGUCUUGAACCGUUCCAAGCCCGUGCUUCCUCCUGCUCCACUAACAGCCGUCUCUACCACGAGCCUGGGGGGUCCUGCGAUGUCGGACACGUCCAGCCACACCCUCUCUGUGGGGCCCGCUCCCCCCAGGAGCCCCACGCUGGCCCCCAACAAGCAGCAGCAGCAGCAGGACGGUGACAUACGAACCAUGAGGAGAAUGGCAGGGGAAGGAGGGGAAGCAGAGCCGGUCAUCACGUCAGAGGCUGAAGGAAUGUUUCUCAAUCACACGGGCAUCUUCAUGGAGUCCCAGAUCGCUUAUGAGAUCCACUGCUGAAGGACCAGAUGGAAACUAUACCGAAACACAAGGUUUGUUUGUGAAACGGUGGAAUACAGCAUUUUCAGUCCCAUCUGAAGAAACUCAGGGUGCGACUGUUGGAGUCAACCCAUAGAUGAGACAGGUACUGGUCCCGGAGGUGAGGUUUCCUUUCUACAUGAGUCGCUCAGAGUCCUGGAGAUGACAAAACCAGCCAGAGCUACAAUCCACCUACAUCCAACAGACGCUGAGAUAGACAUGGAGAGACUGCAACGCAUUGUGAGUCUCUCUUAAGUUAGUGGGUAGACUGGCCCUGAGCUGCCAACUGAACCGUCAUGUGCAUGGGACAUCAGAAAUACUGUUAUAGUAGGAAACUGUCACCAUGGUUAGUGUAAGAACCAACAUCUGUCCUGAUUAGAACUCCGAGCUCAUUUACAGAGAGAGAGGAAAACCAUGGGGAGAGUGUGGGGACCUCUGGUUGAUGAGCAUGUGGGAGAUUGUGUUUGGUAGACUGGUUAAGCACUUAAAAACAUGGGAGACCACAGACAUGAGAUGAUAUGAUAAUGCCCCUAAUGUAAACAUCAAUUUAUUAAGACACUGGAACAUCACACACAACAUGCUUGUAGUAACGAUUUCAAGGUGGUGUUUCCACAAACACAAGAUCGGUCAUCACUUUAGCUGUGAAUUAAAAGCAAAGUGAUCAUAAUUGUGAAUUAUUUAUAAUGUUUGGCUUGUGUGCUGUUAAUUGUACUAACAGACUGACACUGGGUUGGGAGGAGGCUUCAAAGACUCCACGGUGAUGGCACC